GCCAUCUAUCGAUUCGAUGUUCAACUAAAUCAAAAUAGGAUAUUUCCCAAUGACAGUUUGCUACUUUCUUGAAUUAUUACUUCAAUUGACAAAUUGACUUGAGUAACUAAGGUUCAUAAUGAUAUAAAUCGAAAGUGGCUUACUAAUUAUUCUGAUUCUUUCAUUCUACUGGAUUUUCUACUAGCCACUAAAACGUAAAUUUGCCCACUAAAUGAAGACUGCAAUCUACCAGAUCUAGUAGAAAAUCUACUAAGUUGGCAACCCUGUUUCUAACCUCUGUUUUAUAAUUAUAAUUAUGCUAGACUGUGGUUUGUGGUAGAUCCCGUGAGCUUGUACUGCUUACCACAUUUCAGAGAAGUAUUGUUUUUGUGAGUGUUGUGAUAUUAGUUACAAAUAAAAUGGAGGGACCAGGAAUAUGCCAAGUCAAAUCAGAAUUCAUUUUGCCUGCCGUUACUAGAGAAAUAAACUUAUCGCAUGUUUCAAACACAGAUAAAAGGAAACUUGAGCAACAUAAUGAAGAAUCUACAGAAAAAAAUGCAGAAAAUGUUGAAAGUUCUUCGAAAAGGCAGAGACUUUCCAAGGCAGAGAAAAAGAAACUCAGAGGCCAGAAUAAGUCCCGAGCACCAACAUAUGUCACAAACAGGAGUAAAGAACUAUGCAUUUGUAUGAUAGAUGUACCAGAAGGCAAUGACAUCCCAGGAUGUAACAGAAACAAAUGCAAUUUUAUUCAUGAUAUUGACAACUACCUUACUAUCAAGCCAAAAGAUAUUGGAGAACAUUGUUAUAAUUUUGAAACCUUUGGGAAGUGCAAUAGAGGCCUUGCAUGUAGAUUUGGAAGUGAACAUAUCACACCCAGUGGUAGAAAUAUAAUUAAUGAACAAUUAUAUUCCAAAUAUGAACUUCAAACAAGGAAUAAUUUAGGGAAGGAGUUGCAGUUAUCCUUAAAGAAGAGACAUUAUGACUUCAAGUUAGCUGAACAGUUAGUCAAACAUCAUGAUCAUUUAAAAAAGGAAAAAUCAGAACAACCUGUUCAAAAACCCAUAGUCAGCAACAAUGUAACUCAAGGAGCUAUCACUGAUGAAGAUAUAAUAAAGUUAAGGCAAAGAGAAAAGAGGAAAAUAGAUUGGAGUGACAAACUAUAUCUUAGCCCACUCACAACUGUUGGCAAUCUUCCAUUCAGAAGAAUUUGCAAAGAAUAUGGAGCAGAUAUCACCUGUGGUGAGAUGGCAAUGUGUAGUUCUCUUUUACAAGGAGAAAGCAGUGAAUGGGCUUUAGUAAAAAGACACAAAAGUGAAGAUUUAUUUGGCAUUCAACUCUGCGCUAAUAAUUCUUUCCUCUUAACAAAAUGUGGCCAACUUUUGUUGAAUGAAAUUGAUGUUGACUUUGUGGAUCUAAAUAUGGGAUGUCCUAUUGAUUUAGUAUAUAGGCAAGGAGGUGGAUGUGGGCUUCUGCAUAGAGAACGGGCCCUUGAGCUCUGUAUCAGGAGUAUGAGUGAUAUCCUCACUGUGCCUUUUACUGUCAAGACUAGAACUGGAGUUUACAGUGGAAAAAAUAUAGCACAUACUAUGGCUCCAAAAUUCAGAGAAUGGGGUGUAAGUAUGUUGACAAUCCAUGGAAGAUCUAGAGAACAGAGGUAUACAAAACAAGCAGAUUGGAAUUAUAUACAAACUGUGGCUGAAGCAGCUAGUCCAAUGCCUGUGUUUGGAAAUGGUGACAUUUUGAGUUAUGAAGAUUAUAUUAAAGCUAGAGAAGUAGCACCAGCCAUUUCUGGAGUUAUGAUUGGUCGAGGUGCCCUAAUAAAACCUUGGAUAUUUCAAGAGAUAAAAGAGACUAAACUUUACGAUAUAUCAAGCUCAGAAAGGUUUGAUAUUCUGAAGAAAUAUGUAAAUUAUGGUUUGGAGCAUUGGGGAUCUGACAACAAAGGUGUUGAAAAUACUAGGAGAUUUCUAUUAGAAUGGCUGUCAUUUUUAUAUAGAUAUGUUCCUGUAGGACUACUUGAAGAUCCACCUCAAAAGAUAAAUCAAAGACCUCCUCAUUUUAGAGGUAGGGAUGAUUUAGAGACACUAAUGGCAUCCCCAUCUGCUUCAGAUUGGAUCAAGAUCAGCGAGAUGUUGUUAGGACCAGUACCUGAAAAUUUUCAGUUUUUACCAAAACACAAGGCUAACUCUUACAACUAAACUUUAUUUUAAGUAAAAACUAGAAAUAUCACACAACUUGUUUCAUUUGUCCUUAGAGCCCUUUUGGUGUUGUAAAUAAUCUAAUAAGUCAUUUAGCCCACUAAAUUCAGUUCUACCUUGUGGUGGGUUGUUUCUGGGGACAUUUGGCAGUAUGCUUCCCAUUUUAUGCCUGAAUUCCAC